GGAAGCCGCUGCGGAGAGACGAAUGGAGGAGCCCGUGGCACGCGCAGCGCGGCCCACGGGUGUCGUUAUCGGCAGUGUUUGAGCUGUCGACAAACUUCUGAGUGUUUUUUAAAUUUUUUAUUUAUUUCAUUUACUUUUCUGUGUCUAUGUGAAGCCGGCCGCUGUCGAUCUGCGAAAAUGUCUUGGCGGCCCUGUGUGCGGGUCCUGCUGUGCUGCCUUUUGACGCUGUCGACGCCGUUCCAGAUGGGUCUGGGCAGGUCGAGUGCAAAUUCUCUGUCUGACAACCUGCUCUUUGUGUCCACGCUGGAGGGGAACCUGCAUGCUGUCAGCAGAAGGUCGGGCUCGAUCAAAUGGACCCUCAAGGAAGAUCCUGUUCUCCAGGUUCCCACACAUGUGUCCGAACCUGCAUUUCUGCCAGACCCGAAUGAUGGAAGUCUGUACGCACUGGGAGGCAAAAAUAGCAAAGGCUUGACAAAACUGCCCUUCACAAUUCCUGAACUUGUCCAGGCAUCACCCUGUCGCAGCUCCGAUGGGAUUCUCUACAUGGGUAAAAAACAGGACCUGUGGUAUGUGGUGGACCCUCUGACGGGAGAGAAGCAGCAGACUCUGACGUCAUCCUUUGCUGAGACUCUUUGCCCCUCCUCUUCGCUUCUGUACCUGGGCCGCACAGAAUACACCAUCACCAUGUAUGACACCAAAAACCGAGAGCUACGCUGGAAUGCCACCUAUUCUGACUAUGCUUCUACAAUGCCUGAUGAUGACAGCAAGUAUGAGAUGGCCCAUUUUGUGUCCAAUGGGGAUGGUCUUGUGGUCACAGUGGACAGCAAGUCAGGAGAUGUGCAGUGGGUGCAGAACUACAACUCGCCUGUGGUGGCCAUGUACAUCUGGCAACAUGAUGGUCUUCACAAGGUCCCACAGACCAACUUUGCUGUGGAAACGCUGCGCUACCUCACCUUCAUGUCUGGGGAAGUUGGCCGCAUCACUCAGUGGAAGUACCCUCUGCCCAAGGAGAAGAAGCCCAAGAACAAGUUGACGUCGACACUUUAUGUUGGCAAGUAUUCCACCAGUUUGUACGCCUCUCCAUCCCUGGUUCAUGAUGGAGUCACAGUCGUGCCUCGUGGUAGUACCUUCCCCUUGCUGGAGGGACCCAGCCAGUCGGAGUUCUCCAUCCAGGAUGACAAAGAGUGUGUUAUCACCCCCAGUACUGAUGUGAAGGUCACUGCUGGCCUGAAAGAUCCCAGCCGUCUGAACUUCAUGAGCAACUACCUUCUUCUUAUCGGUCACCAUGAAAUACCCCCAAAUGCCCAAAAGAAUAUUCUGGAAAGGUUUCCAGAGAGCUUUGCCCGUCAGCCAGGGAGUGUGAUCCCUCCUACCACAGAGAAGACUAUUGAAGAGAAGGUGAAUGACAUUGACGUGGAGGAGAACACGCCUCAACCCCCUGAGACCUCUAUUCAAGAGAAGACGUCCAAGCCGACACGCGUUGAGGCCCCAGUAGAUACCAUGUUGAAGGACAUGGCCACCAUUAUCUUCAGCACAUUUCUGUUGGCUGGUUGGCUUGCCUUUGCAAUCACAUAUCCCAAGAGCGUGCACAAGCAGCAGCAGCUGCAGCACCAACAGUUCCAAAGGCAGAUGGAGGAGAAGCUGGAGCUCCUGCAGAAGCAGCAGCUCGUCUUCCAGCCUCCUACCGACCUUGCCCUUGAGGCAGACUUCCUGGACGCAGCUCGUGCACAGGGCUCCAGUCACAGCAGCCCCAGCCUCACCCCCCGGGCCUCCAACCACUCCAACCUGUCAGCAUCUGAGAUCGGCAGCUCAGCCAAUGAGAACGAAGAGGGAGUUUAUGGAGAUGAGGAGUCGAGCAUCAUACGUGUUGGAAACAUUACCUUUAACCCCAAGAAUGUUCUGGGCCAUGGUGCUGAAGGGACCAUUGUGUAUAAGGGCCAGUUUGACAGCCGGCCUGUGGCCGUGAAGCGGAUUCUUCCCGAAUGCUUUAGCUUUGCAGACCGGGAGGUGCAGCUGCUCCGUGAGUCUGAUGAGCAUCCCAACGUCAUUCGCUACUUCUGCACUGAAAAGGAGCGCCAGUUCCAGUACAUCGCCAUCGAACUUUGUGCUGCCACACUGCAGGAGUACGUAGAGCAAAAGGACUUUGACCGACAUGGCCUGGAGCCAGUGAUGCUGCUUCAACAGACUAUGUCAGGGCUGGCACAUCUCCACUCUCUUAGCAUCGUGCACAGAGACCUCAAACCCCACAACAUCCUUGUGUCAAUGCCCAAUGCUCAUGGACGGGUCCGGGCUAUGAUCUCAGACUUUGGCCUGUGCAAGAAGCUGGCAGCAGGCAGACACAGCUUCAGCAGGAGAUCUGGGGUCCCUGGGACCGAGGGUUGGAUCGCACCUGAAGUCUUAAGCGAGGACAGUAAGGCCAAUCCUACAUGCGCUGUUGACAUCUUCUCUGCCGGCUGCGUAUUUUACUACGUGGUGUCUGAAGGCUGCCACCCCUUCGGCAAGUCGUUGCAGAGGCAAGCCAACAUCCUUCUGGGUGCAUAUAGCCUGGAUCUGCUUCAACCAGACAAACAUGAAGAUAUAGUCGCUGCAGAUCUGAUACUGCAGAUGCUGAGCAUGGAGCCCCAAAAGAGACCAUCAGCGGAAAGUGUGCUGAAACACCCGUUCUUCUGGAGCCUGGAGAAGCAGCUGCAGUUCUUCCAGGAUGUCAGCGAUAGGAUAGAGAAGGAGCCUCUGGAUGGGCCCAUUGUCCGGCAGCUGGAAAGAGGUGGCAGGGCAGUGGUGAAGGGGGACUGGAGAGAGCACAUCACUGUUCCCCUCCAGACAGACCUUCGGAAAUUCCGAUCAUAUAAAGGAGGAUCAGUCAGAGAUCUUCUCCGUGCAAUGAGGAACAAGAAGCACCACUACAGGGAGCUGCCAGAAGAUGUGCAGCAGACACUGGGCUCCAUUCCAGACGAAUUUGUGUCUUACUUCACCUCCCGCUUCCCACACUUGCUGCAGCACACCUAUCUAGCCAUGCGUACCUGUGCACUGGAGCGCCCCUUCCUGCCCUACUACCACAGUGAAGGAACUGUAGCUCAAAUGCAGGGCAGCUGCGAGCAGAACGAGGCACCCAAACCAGCCUACAGUCCUGACUCCAUAUGAAAGAGAAGGAGGGCUGCUGGCGGUGGGACUUUGCAUUCGUUGCCUUAAUACACAUUCCAGGGCUCAGUGCCUCUUCCUGAAAGCCACACUGGUGAGAUGCGAGCCUGCAGUGCUCGCAACUUGACGCCACGAUGUGUGCUUCACUCUUCUAAGUGCCUGCCAUGUGACGGACAGCCAGCAGGUGGAGCUGCGAAGCCAGCGCUCUUCCAGGAAGCCCUGGAGCAGAACUGUAUCCAGCCGGUACCUCUCCUGGGCCGCAGAAAACAGGGAUGAUGUGCAUCUCUUUCUUUUCGUAUGUUCUUUUUUUUAAUGUUGUAAAUUAUUGCAAUGAAUGAACUGCCACUUGGGAAUCUA